CGCAAGACAUUUAAAAUGGCGGUAGCGAGGAAAGUUUUCCUCGCAAAACACUGAAGAAAAAUGGCAAAGCAUGCUAAUUGUUGUGUUCCUGGAUGUACGAAUAAUUACAGAACCAAGCAUGGGCUUUCGUAUUACCGAAUUCCAAAGGACAAAAAACUGCGAAGACAGUACAAGAUUCUAAUUCGUAAUGCAACAUUAAAACUCGACGCCGAUAAUACACGUAUUUGUGGAGAUCACUUCGAGGGUGGACAUAAGCGCAGCAGGCUUCAUUUACCGUCGAUUUUUCCAUGGUCUGAACAUGCGUCAACUAGGCGUGUUUUAAAGCGUGUUUCUCCCGAAAAAAUUGUCAAGAAAUCAAGGAUAUGUAAAAAAAAUCGAAGACUUGCAUCUCUUAACAAAGACCAUUCCGAAGACACUUUACCGGAAAGUGAUCUCUGUCAGACGGAGGAUGUGCUGCUCACCAGUGAUCAAGGUAUGCAAACGGAUUUUUAUGAACAAGUACAAAACAAAGAUGAAUCUUUGCAAACUGAAUGUUAUGAAACGGUAAAAGUAAAUUUUGGCACCCAAACGGAAUUGCUUAGAUUUGACAUUAAUCAGUUCAAAGAUAAGGACUCAGACAUUGCUUUUUACACUGGAUUUCCCAAUUAUAAAACACUAAUGCUUUGCUUUGAUAUGGUGAAGGAUGCAGCGAAAAACAUAAGCUAUGGAAACUAUGAUCGAAAAUGUUUUGAUUGCCCCCCAGUUUGGCAACCAGGUCGACCAAGAAUUCUUACAACCUUUCAGGAGUUUGUUCUUGUGUUGAUGCGACUAAGGCUUGGCCUGUUUGAAAGAGAUUUGGCUCACAGAUUUGAAAUUUCCGAGUCAACAGUUUCUGUAAUAUUUAGAACAUGGAUUCGAUUUUUACGCCUUGAACUUCAGGAACUUAUUAUCACUCCACCACGAGAUGUUCUUCAGGAACACAUGCCUAAACUUUUCAAGGAAUUUUAUCCCAAGACAGCAUUGAUUAUUGACUGCACUGAAAUACAAAUGGAGCGUCCAUCUGCGUUGGAUAAUCAGUCCUCCUGUUACUCUUCGUACAAAUCUAGAACAACCAUGAAAAGCCUAGUGGGAAUUACCCCAAGUGGUGUCAUUGGAUUUGCCAGUGAAUUAUACCCUGGUAGUAUUACUGACAAAGAAAUUACAGUAAAGAGUGGUUUCCUAGCUUUGUUGGAGCAAGAUGAUGAAAUUAUGGCUGAUAAAGGCUUUCUCAUUCAAGAUGAGCUUGCUGCAGUUGGUGCAACCCUCAUAAUACCUGCCUUUUUAAAAGGAAAACAGCAGUUUUCUAAAGAAGAAGGAGAAAAAAACAAGAAAGUAGCAAGUUUGAGAGUUCACGUCGAAAGAUGUAUGGAGCGAAUAAAGAAUUGGCAUAUUUUAGAUAAACCUAUUCCAGUUUCCCUUGCAGGAAUAGCUUCAGACAUUUUUAUCGUUAUUGCAGCACUCACAAAUUUCCUCCCUCCACUUAUUUCAUAAAAAAGAAAAAUUGUAAUAUUGAAUUGUUAUGCGUUUCGUUAUCUGAAG